UAUAAAAUUAAUCCGCCGUCCUCCAUCUUUUUUGGUUCAUUGUGGCCUCGUGAGUCCCGUCGCCGGUAACCCUGCUGAAGCCUGCUGCCAUGGCCAACCCCAGAGUCUACUUCGACGUCACCGCGGACGGAGCCCCCCUCGGCCGCGUCGUCAUGGAGCUCCGUCCUGAUGUGGUGCCGAAGACAGCUGAGAACUUCCGCGCUCUCUGCACCGGCGAGAAGGGAUUCGGCUACAAGGGGUGUUCCUUCCACCGCAUCAUCCCCAACUUCAUGUGCCAGGGUGGGGACUUCACCAACCAUAACGGAACCGGUGGAAAGUCAAUCUACGGCAACAAGUUUGCCGAUGAGAACUUCACUCUGAAGCACACCGGAGCUGGAAUCCUGUCCAUGGCCAACGCUGGACCAAACACCAACGGAUCCCAGUUCUUCAUCUGCACCGCACAGACAGCCUGGCUGGAUGGGAAACACGUGGUCUUCGGCAGCGUGGUUGAAGGUUUGGACGUGGUCAAGAAGAUGGAAAGCAAAGGAUCCAACAGCGGCAAACCCACCUGCAAGAUCGUCAUCGCUGACUGCGGGCAGCUCUGAGCUCAGCACUUAGUCCUUCUGCUCACCCUGUAGCCACACCCCUCUACUCUAGCCCCGCCCACCACCUGCCAUUCUACAUUCCUAUUGGAGAUUUGACAGAUUCCCCCUCCCCUUCCUUUUUUAUUCUGUUCCAACCAUGCAUUGUGACUUUGCCUUUUAAAAAAGUCUUCUUUUGCAUUUUCCUCAAAGUCCUGACGGUUUUUUUUGUUCAAGUAAAAAGAUAAAUAAGAAUAAAAUGGAAAUGUUGCCUUGACA